CUCCCACUCCUUCACAGUCACGCGUGACGCUUCACCCUCGAUCCUCGUUCCCGCCCUGUCAAAAGGUUGCUUCCUUACCUUGCCUACCUUACCAUUCCUAGGUACCUUACCCGUAUACGUGCUUGUGCUUACCUCAACCUUGGUCACGACUUAUUGGCAUUGAUAGCAAUCCUGCGCAACACCAACAAACCCCAUCUUGUUCAUACAAACAUCAAUCGUGGUACCUGUAUCUCUCUCUCUCUCUCUCUCUCUCUCUCCAUAUUUCUCUCCCUCUUCCUCUCCUUUCCCCCCUUCUUUCCCCCCUCUGUUCUUCACCUACGUGCCAAUCUCAAGCCUGCAAUGUCCGGCACGCUCCCGUCAUCACCACCUAGAAGCAACUAGCAGUCGCGCAAAUCACAAAGGUGCGCAACCAAACCUCCGAGACACAUCAGCAUUCCACCGACCCAAAUCGGUAGCCGCCACCACGACUCAAACGCACUUGAUGACGACAUUGGUCUGAGCCCAAGACUACCCUCUCCUACUGCUAUUGCGUCAAGCACACCGCAACUGGAUACACUAACCACCUUUCCCAUUAUCGACCCGUCCGUUCCCCUCCUUCGUCGCGCUAAGGCUAUCUAAACCCGUCUAAAAGUUCACCAGCGACACCUUCCGACGCCAGCAUCACUGCUGAUACCUUGCGCUAGUCUGAGUCGUAGCUGUCGUUCAGAUUAACACCGGCCUCCCGGCCUGUCUCAGUCUCCCUACCUCACCUUACCACACAGACUGACAGAAAUCCGACCGUGUAUUCGUCCCAAGAAUGCCAACAAUGGCAGCCAGAUCCCCGCCUCCAUCUACACCCAUGCCAAAGGCAUACUCCAACCACGCGCCGCACAUCGCUGAUCCCGAUUCCUAUAGGGAACCAGCUACACAAGACAUGGACAGAGCUGCCUACGGCACUGCUGCCGACAGGAACUCAAAUCGCACCUCGUCCUAUUUCCCUCAACAACCACCUCAGCUCUCGUCCUCCUCACCCUACAACUCUCCCGCUCCCGACGCAUCUACAUAUCCUGCUCCUCAGAACACUGCUCCUCUGCCAUACGACGGGGACCAAGAAACCCAUUACAAUACUCUUGCCAACGCGCAAUCCGUUAGCCAUCAAACACAACACCUCUCACAAGGAAGUGACGGUGCAUACUACGAUCCCCCAACUGCUGCUUCAAACUACGACAACAAGCUAGCCGUGCCCCCCGCUACCAUCCAGGGCAAGUUUACAGAGGAAUGGGAUGCAAGUCAAAGAGGAAGCAGUAUCAUUGACGGUUCCAACAUGCCUCGCUCCAACUCGUUCGUCUCUAACAAUGGGGACGACCACCUGAGCCUCCCCUCACGCCAUAAUACCCUCAAGAAGAAGAGCUCGCUGCGCAGAAAUGGCAGUCUGAAGCGCAGCGGUAGUCGUAGGAGCAUGAAGGCUGGUAGCGUUCGGAGCCUGGCUCUGCAGUCUUCCAACGACGCAGAUGAGGUGCACAGCGCUUUCCAUUGCCCAGUUCCAAUAUCUGGGAACCCAACCGAGGCCCUAGCCAAUCGAUUCCAGUCUUGGCGCAAGAUUCUCAAGGAUCUUAUCGCAUACUUUCGCGAGAUCCAGACGCAUUACGAGCACAAAUCCAAGUCCUUGGUGAAGCUGGCCAAUGUCGCCAACAACAUCUCCAGCCCUCCUGGUUUCCUCAACUCGGGUGGCAUCGACGAUGCACUGCAAAUACUGCGUGCUCAUCACAAGGGCGCCAUUCUAGAAUCAAACAAGGCCAAGGAGAUUGAGGAGGAUGUUAUCCUAGCGCUCACUGGGCUGAGGAACGAUCUACACCAGAAGAUCAAGGAGAUCAAGAACCUGUCUGGAGAUUUCAAGAAUUCCGUGGAAAAGGAAAUGGACGGCACCCGAAGGGCCGUCAAGGCCCUGCAAGAGACUCUGGGCCAGACCGACCUCGACCCAUCGUUGACAACCGGAAAGCAAGAUCCUUACCUCUUGCGACUUGCGGUGGAUAGACAAGUUGAGCGCCAGAUCGAUGAGGAGAACUACUUGCAUCAGGCUUACCUGAACCUGGAGAACUCGGGCCGAGAACUGGAAGCUAUCGUGGUUGGUGAGAUCCAGAAGGCCUACAACGCCUAUGCUGGCAUCCUCAAGCGCGAGUCUGAUGCUGCGUACGGGGCAAUUGAAGAGCUCCGUGUUGGCCCAAUCUCUAUGCCCAAGGACUUUGAAUGGUCGCAUUUCGUUCAGAAAGACGACCAGUUCGUGGACCCCAACAUCCCGAUUCGUUCUGCCGAACAUAUCCACUAUCCCGGUCGGGAGCACGUUGGGUGCCAGGAGAUUCGCGCCGGACUUCUCGAGCGCAAAAGCAAGUACCUCAAGAGCUAUACAGCUGGCUGGUAUGUACUUUCAUCGACUCAUCUUCAUGAAUUCAAGUCCGCGGACAAGGGCCAGGCCCCCGUCAUGUCUUUAUAUCUUCCAGAGCAGAAACUAGGUUCGCACUCGAGCGAAGGAGGAUCAUCCAAUAAGUUCAUCCUCAAGGGUCGCCAGACAGGAUCAAUGCACCGUGGUCACACAUGGGUCUUCCGCGCCGAGAGCCAUGAUACAAUGAUGGCUUGGUACGAUGAUAUCAAAGUUCUCACCGAGAGGUCGCCGCAAGAAAGGAGCGAGUUUGUCCGUGGUCACGUUCGAAGUCUCAGCCAGUCUUCCCAGCGCUCCACUAGCAGCGACGGUGUUCUCGAAGAUGACGACGACGAGCCGUUUUCGGCCGACACGGCGGUCGCAGCCAGCACGAGUUCGAGACAAGACGUCCGCCGUCCCGAAGCAGUGUAAGCUCCGGAUUUGACAACUCUGACCGUGAAGCCGCCGGGCAAGCAUACGCUCUGCCAGGAAGCAUGCUAGGCGUCUAUCACGGGUCGAAUGAACAUCCCGAACAUCCUACAGGUUACGGAGGGUCAGACCGGACCCCAAUGGAAGAAAUGCCUUCCCACGCAGCCGAAUUGUCCCAGCAGGCUCAGGAAGAUGGAGUCAACCCUUACACCAGCGAAGCGAUUCGCCGAUCUCAAUCUGGUAGCCGUGGACACCAGGCAGUAUUUGUACCUGGAGACGAGGAACAGCGAGUGCAGAGCCACCAUGGCGCCAUUGGCAACUACGACGAUGAGUCUAGGCCUGUCUCCAAUGUCAGCGAAUAUGAUCGCGGCCUCGAGACCCCGGGUGGCAAUAGCCAAUACGGGCAGUGGAUGAAUGGCAAUGGGAAGGCAUCCUCAGGCCUUUCCAACAGCGGUAUCGUCGACCAGCAAGAGACUAGCGAGUACUACGCGUCAGGUGAACGUGGUGCUGGUCACGUCAAUGUGAUUCCUAUUGUUGGCAUGGGCAAUGGCCAUGCCCAGCACAGGGAGGGUGAUCAGAAUGGAUUCUCUGGCGCCGAUAAAGCGUCAACACCUGCAAGCCACGAUGUGCCUCGUCAGCAUCAACAGUUGUCAGCUAUUCGGCCGACCUCCGGCACCAUCAGAACUGACAGCGUACCGACGAUUUCCAACUUGCAUAUUCCAGGUGAAUACCCCAAGGGUACACCCGGAGUCGAAGCUAGACGUUGAGGGGAAGACAAGAGACGGAGAAGGAAACUGGAGUAAGGAUUGACUAGGAGGGGGGAAACGACUUGAAUAUGAGGGAGUGGCACUGGUUAAGAGAUGGGGUCCUGUCCGUUUUCUAUCUAUACGAUUGACCACAAUGGCAUGGGUCUCGUGUCGAAUUUUCUUGUCUCCAGUGUGAUCGAGAAGAGAAUGUGUGUUCAAGGGAGCAAGGCGUGGAAAGAACAACGAGGGUGCCGACCCCUUUUUCCUUUUUCUUUUUGACAGUAUUUCACUGAUUUCCUUGGCGAUUUCCAGCACAAUGCAAAUGAUAUCCAACCAACCCUUUCUUAGACGUGUCCCUUUGUAUAGGAUCUACUUCUAACCUUUACUGCUAAUAUAAGGAGUAUCGUUGCAAAUAUUAUUGCUAGGCCACCUAAACCAGUCCCAAAAUAUUGUGCCCCAUGGAACCCGGACAGCUUGUCCGUUCCAUGGGAAUUGACUUGGACCUCUACGGUCCUCGCGAUCCCCAUAGCCAGCGACAUGGCGUAGCUCGACACGACCAGAACAAGACCACUUGCGACUCCUUGGUGCCCCUCUGCCAGAUUUUGUCUGAGCAGGAUGGUGGCAAGAGGCAUCGUCAGAACCAUCCCAAGCGGAGCGAACAAGGUGCUGACGAACGUGUUUGCCCAAUACGUCUGGUCGGAUGGUGCCGUCGCCAUGAGUAUAGAUGCCAGUAGAAAGGAUAGGACGGCUGCGAGGAACGUCCAAUAUACCUCUUCUCCGGGCAUAAGAUACGCCAGCAGCAAGCCCACUGCUACGGCCUCGAUGGCAACGGGUACGAAGCCCGCACUGGCAAGGAGCGGGUCCCAGCUGCGCAGGACCUCGAGGGCUUGGAAGCCAUAAAAUGCCCAGAUGACGAAGCAGGCCCACGCCGCUGCCGUGCAGCCUAGGAUUAAGUUCGACCUCGGAGUCAUGGCGCGCAGCGGGAGGAGGGGGAUCACAGCGGUGGACUCGUUGUAAAAGAAGGCGGCGAGGAGCAUGGCGCCGAUGAUGAGGGUGAAGUAGGUGUAUGGUGUGCGCCAACCUACGGCCGGUGCCUGGUUCCAUGCGAAACUCAACAGGACGAGACCGCCGCUGCCGAGGAGAGUUCCGGAUACGUCGAGCUGCACCCAGAUAGUAUGAUCAUACGGGCUUUUUCGACGGGCUUGUCGUGGGACGACCAAGAGGCUGAGACCCGCAGCGGAGAUGUUGACUGCUGCGAGGACGAAAAAGGACCAUUCCCAGGAAUCGUUGUAGGCAAAAAGGGACGACAUCACCGCGCCGACCACGAAGCCCAACGGUGCGGCGACGCUGAAGAACGCCAGUGCCAUGUCUUUUUUCUGGCUCGCCGGUAGCGUCCUUUCGAGAACCGAGAAGCCGUUGGGUACGCAGAGCGCCGGUCCCAGGCCCUGCAUGACACGGCAGAAGCAGAAGUAGGCGGUGCCGUCUGCCCCGCCGUUUUGGACGUUGAUGGAGAAGCCGGCGAGGAGGCUCCAGAGCGCGAACCAGAGGCAGCCGGUGAUGAUGACGUGCUUGCGGCCAAAGGCGUCGCCCAGGCGUUCCGAGGGGAGGGCAAAGGCUCCGAUCAUGAGUGUAUAGGCUGCGGUGAACCACGAGUGCUGGCCGCUCGGUAUAUCUGGAAACGACUCGGCGAUGGCGAGGGCCGGUGCCAUGGCCUGGGCGAGGCCGGCGAACAUAAGGAAUUGGUACAGACUGACGACAGCUACUAGGAAGGACUCCUUUGCGGACGACAGCGGCUCUGGCGGUACCUCUCGGAGGAGGGGAUCUUCCUGAUACGCUGUGGUUUGUAGAGCCCAGGAAAUGCGCUCCUCAUUUUCGGGGUACCUGGAUCUCUCGCCGGGUCUGUUGAGGGGCGUUGCCUCCGUUGAGGACCUGAACCGUUGCGUGAAGACUAUCCUCCUGGCGGCCUCGAAUAAGUCCGGGUACUCUGAAGGAUGUUCUAGUGCCUCUGGUCCCGACCCUCUUGGCAGUGUGGUGGUAGCCGUCGAUUUUACCAACGGCGUCGAAGUCGAUGGUUGUCGGGCCUGUGUUUCCGUGCCGUUGUGUGGGUCUGUGAUAUCUACAGUCGGAAGUCGAGGAGCGGACAACGCCCCUACCAUCAUGGUCCGUGAAAGUGGCGAUGUCGUCUGAUCACGAGAGGAAGUAGGCGAUACAGGCAACACAGCAUCAUGCCUGGAGGCGUCGAGGGCCGAAGGAGCGGUACUCGGCCGAGAAUAAUGAGAGUUCGUUGGGCUCACGCCGUCGUCGUCGAGGAUGGGAGAGACGAGAACCGGAGCCGAAGUUCGCCAGCUCAAGUUUCCUGGCCCGUUGGGCCCGAAUGGUCUGCUGUCGUUCGCAUUUUCUUCUCGAAACUGUUGUCGGAACGACUCUGUGACUGCUAUCAUGACAUCCGCCACCCUCUGCAUGGCCUCGUCCGCGUUUCGGGUCUCCCAUGCUGUCGUCGGUGUGCGAGUAGUAGACGGUGAAUGUGCAGUGCUUGAGUUGCUCAUGUCGGUGUGUAUCAGGUGCAUGCAUCUGUGAAGACCGCGGCUUGGUGAAAUAUCGAUAUUCAACGUCCAAUCUUCGACUGAACGCUACCACAGAGGCAACAACGCAAAGCUAAGAGUCACACACGGGUAGAUGAGGGCAUGAGAAUAGAAAGCAACGCCAAUACAAAUGAAAUGGUAAUAUACAGGAGAAGGCGAGGAAGAGAAUGGCAGAAGCCGGUUACCAGUACAAAUCAGGUGCAGGCAGUGCCGUGAUAGAUGAACACUUGCUUGCAGGGGCACGCAGACCAGAUACGGACUACACAGGAUCGGGUAUUGAACGAGAGACACUUGCCCAACCUUGCGACUCGACGAAUUGGUGUCCACUUCAAGGCUUGAGCUACGAAUCCCCGGUGGAUGCUGACGAUGGCUCUCGCAAGGGGGCUGGCGUAGGCAGUUAUUAUCCUUUCGGCCAUGGUCAUGGGCAUGGGCCUUAAUCAGGGCGCCGCAGCAGUCCACUGCCUCUCCGUGAUUCCCCGUCUCGAAGGGCUGAUUCGAAGCUACUCGAGCUUGUCUGAGAACAGUGUCAAGGGUGUCAACGCUUCUUAAUCUGAGCUACCGUGUUUGCUGCUCGAGGCAGACACGUUUGGGGGGUCUUGAUGCAUGUCUCUCUUAUUUCUGGGGUGGCCUUCGGUAAGCGACAUGCAAGUUAUGUAUCUUGCCGGCGCGUUGAACUAGUUUGCCAAAUCGACAUUCGGUUUUGGAUCACACGAACAGUCGACGGACACGCAAGUCUGGCGCUGCGAUGUUGUACCAUGUGACGAUCUCCAUCGGUUCGUCAGGACUAUUGCUAGUGCCUAGGACCCACGAUUACGGAAGAACGAUCAUAAAGAGAGACAGUAUGCAGACCGUCUAAUAGAC